AUGGGCUGCUCUUCUAGUGUCAGUGUGAUGCACGACGAAGCGGAAGACACCCGCGUCACUCGCGUCAUAUACACGGACCGCACUGGACAAGAGUUCGUCCAGCAUUCCGCUCCAUUCAAGGAGGGCGUUCGACGCUUCAAUUCCAUGCGCAUCAGCGACGAAGAUGCUUCUGGAAUAGUCGUCCCGCUUGCAAGUACCCACAACAAGCAUGUGAAGCAGCAGCUUGCAUGCAGCUUGUGCAACAUCGGCGACUUGUUCCAGUCGGAAGCACAAGGGCAAGGGGUGGGUUCAGUUGCCCCAAAGUUCGCACAGAGCGACAGGCUCAACAAGUUCUUGGCGGCCAUAGAGCAGAACCCGAGAUUGCUGGAGAAGAGCAUGCUGCCCAGCCAACUUCCGAAGAACCGCAACAAGGCGGUCCUGAAAGUUGACCAGGAGGUCUCUGAGCAGAGCCUGGCGGAUCUUUGCAUAGAGGAGGCGCGAGUGUUCAUGCUCCUUGCCGCCGCUUCGGAUGCGGAAACUCGAGCCAUGGUCCAAGUCAUCGGUGUGGCAUGGAAACAGCAUAUCGCCCCGCUGUUUCGGACUGUUGUGGCAGAGUGGGAGCACCUGCCACUUGAUCUAUGUGCGCUUGCUGAUCGUGCUGUCAGAAGAUGUUGUUACACAUGA